CCGGCCGAUCGAUCCGCUCUUUUCUCCCCAUAAGAGGCUCCCCGCCGCCGGGCUGCGGUGCCGCUCGUUCCGGUGUGAUAUACCCGUAGAGGGGGCGCUGCGGAGCGGACAGUCUUUCGCUGUUUAUUCCGCUGUGGAACAUAUGCUAAGUUGCUAGCAGGUUAGCUGACAACAUGACACCAAUGGCCCUGUCUCUGGGCCGUUUCUCUCCGCACACACCGCGGGAAAACCCGCUGAAGCCAGCCGGAGCAGUCCGCACUGGUGAAGCGGAGCUCAUCGAGGAGCGGAACCUCCAGCCAGUGACCGCAUAGAGCUGCCUGUUUACGGUGUGAGGCCGCGGGGAGCCCGGGGGGGCGGUGCUGGUUAACGGUACCGGAGUCGGCCAGUCUCAUGUAGAGCAGAAUACACAACAGCCACCAAAGACUGUGAUGCAGUCCGGUUCUCUGUGGACCCACGUGAGAGCCGUCGUCGUGGUGAUGAGCACUAAUGAGUGUUUUGGUUGCGGCCGCAGUGGCCACUGGGUGAAGAACUGUCCGAGCGCUGGCCGAGGACGAGGGAAAGGUCGCGGCAGAGGCAAAGAUCUGUUCUGUUAUCGCUGUGGGGAGCUCGGACACGUCGCCAGAGACUGUGAGAGGACUGAGGAUGCCUGCUAUAACUGCGGCAGAGGAGGACACAUCUCCAGAGACUGCAAGGAGCCGAAGAAAGAGCGAGAGCAGCUUUGCUACAACUGUGGGAAGGCCGGACACAUGGCACGGGACUGCAACCAUGCUCACGAGCAGAAGUGCUACUCCUGUGGUGGCUUUGGACACAUUCAGAAGUGCUGCGAGAAGGUCAAAUGCUACAGGUGUGGGGAAAUCGGCCAUGUUGCAGUGCACUGCAGUAAGGCGUCGGAGUUGAACUGCUAUAACUGUGGGAAGUCAGGUCACCUGGCCAAGGAGUGCACAAUCGAAGCCACUGCCUAGGUGUCGCAGCCUUCCCACCUCGCUCUCUUUCAUCUUUUCUUUCUCUUUAUUCAUUCCCUCUGAUCCUCCUCUUCUCAAUGGUCCAGAGGCCUGUCAGUCAGCCUCACAGCAGCCAGUCAGAGCAGGCGGAGGGAGGAGGAGGGGUGGACACUAAAAAACAAGUUUCUUCUGCAUUUCUAAAAGAACAAACUGAAUCUGUGUUUUUAGUUUGGUAGCGGUGUCAUGACGUACAAAGCUUUGUUUAAGAAUACUUUCUGCCCAGCCGAUUGGCUGAGAGAGUAGAGCGAUUUAAGAAAAAAAAAGAAAAGAAAAAAAAAAGUUAAGCCCCUCCUCUUAGUCCUAAAGUGUGUGGGACUAUAACGGAGGGAAAAAUAUGUGAUGGAAGUUUUUACCUUCCAACAUUAACUUUAUUUUCUAUUUCCAGACAAAAUCAAAUUUGUCUGAAAGAAAAGUGAUUGGUCCCGCCUCCAGCAAACAGCCAAUCACCUCACACGAUGAACAAACCAAUCAGAGAUGGCCACAGCAGAUGACAAAAGGAACAUUAAUUGCUCAUGUUUUCAAGGUGCGUUUUGUUGCUGUUUGGACCAAAUGGAGCAAUGCACUGACAGACAAAAACUAAUCAUAACAAUAAUAAUAAUAAUGGUAAAAUUCAUUUUAAAAAACAACAAUUUUAAGUUUGGGGAGAGGAGAAUGUUUUCACAAAAAAAAAAAAAUCCAAAUGUUAUUUUUGUACAAUAUAUCACUUAGAGCUACUGUAAAAAUGUCAUUUGGUUGUACUGCAGACUGUAAGUUUAACCUGACAAUAAAAACAUGGAGGAGGAGGAAGAGGAUGGAGCCAAGACACA